AUGGCUUUCAGUGCUGGAGCAGCAGGCAAUUUCCUCGCUCCUCUCAAUUCUUUGAGUGUCAACGCAUUCAAGACGGUGCAAGAGAUCGAUGUCCAAGGCUCCUUCAAUGUCACCAAGGCCUGCCUACCUUACCUGUUGGAAAGUACUAAGCGUCACUCAGCCUCCGGACCGUCGGGGCGAAUAAUCUUUGUCAGCGCAACCAACCACUAUACGGGUAUUCCCCUUCAGAGUCAUGUCAACGUCGCCAAAGCUGGUGUCGACGCUCUCAGCGCCAGCAUCGCAAUUGAGUAUGGACCUCUCGGCAUUACCUCUAAUGUCAUUGCACCAGGUCCGAUUGGAGAUACUGAAGGCUUUAGUCGUUUGGUCAAGGGGUGGUCGCCCGGUCAACAACCGUGGAAAAGUUUGCCUCUCGGCCGCUGGGGUGUCGUCAAGGAUAUUGCAGAUGCAACAGUGUUUCUGUUCAGUGACGCCGCAAAUUAUGUGAACGGAGAGGUUUUGGUUGUCGACGGUGCCUCCUGGAGGGUAGGGUAUGGUCCUGGACGUGACUAUCCAUACCCAGACUCGGUCAUGCCUGAUUCAGAUAUAUCGAGUACAGUCGGACGGUCCAGACAGCACAGGGCUUCCAAGAUCUGA